ACACCGCUAUACUGCAUGUUCCAGUCAAGAGUCUAUAUGAAGUUGAUUUAAAAAUCAAAUUCACGCCUUAAUUAUUAAACGGUUGUGUUUUAAAUGUUUUUUGAGAAUUUCAAGUAAAUAUUUAUUGACAUUUGACAUUUUAAUCCUUUAGUUAACGCUUAACGCAAUAAAAAUGGCUGCAGUUGAAUCACUUGUAAAAGUUGAAGAGAAACCUGUUAACAGAGAAAAGACUUGCCCAUUAUUAUUAAGAGUGUUCUGUGCCAUGGGACAUCAUAAUAAUUUAUCGGAAUACUAUCGUGGCGCUGUACCUGGAAAUGAACUUCAAAUAUACACUUGGAUGGAUGCUACACUACGUGAAUUGACUGGUCUUAUUAAAGAGGUCAAUAUUGAGUCUCGAGUUCGUGGUACAACAUUUGAUUUUGUUCUUGUAUCACCAGAAUAUAAUUGCCCAAGAUUUAAUGCAUUUGAAAUCGGACUUACUGUUGCUGGAAAUAGAUCUCCAGAUGAUUCGAAAACAUUGGGAAACACAAGAUUUACUAUUGGUGAUUAUUUAGAUGUUUGCAUUACUCCUCCGGAACGUUUUAUGAGAAGACCAGCACCGAUGCGUUACCGUAAAUAAUUAUAUUUGUAAUAUUUUAAAAAAAAAAAACCGUUCAGUCAUUGAACAAUAAUUUGGUAUACUGAAUCAUCUUUAAGAAAUCGUCUCAGCCUAGAUAAAAUGUCAAUUGCAGUCUUUAAUAUUUAGAAAACACGGAUUGAAUUGGUCAAAAUACAAUUUCUGCAUGAAAUAACCUAUGUUUAUUAAUUACCAUAAUGUAAAAAUUGUAAAAUGUAAUUUAACAAGAUGUUUAUGUAUUUGUGUAUUCAUUAUGAAAUAUACUAAUGUCUAUAUAAU